GAACGAUACUAAACUGGGCCGAUACAACUCUACAAUCAAUCCAUAAACAAAAAAAUUUUGUGUAUAAAAUUAAAAUAGACGCGGAAGUAAAUAAAACAAUAAAUGCGCAGCUCUUAACAUUAGCCAAUUACAAAUUGUCAACUUCCUCUGGAUUAUGGGAUAUUAGGAUCCUGUAAAUCGAUAAGAAAGAAAACCAACAACGCAUUUAAUCAAUGUUCUCCAACGGGCUGCCGUGCAACCUGUCUUUUCCGAGCUGCCUAAGUGUCCCGAAAGAUGGUAAUGAGGAGCUCUUGCCAUCCAAUAUGGGCACAAGAGAACCAGUUAUUCUUAACGUAUAUGACAUGUAUUGGAUUAACGAGUAUACCACAUCGAUUGGUCUUGGCGUAUUCCAUUCCGGCGUAGAAGCAUUCGGCACGGAGUUUGCGUACGGCGGCCAUCCAUUUCCGUUUACUGGCGUUUUUGAAAUAUCUCCACGCGACCACGACGAGCUGGGUGAACAAUUUCAAUUCCGACAGAGUAUACAAAUCGGCUGUACCGACUUUACCUAUGAGGAAGUUCGUCGCCUUGUCGAGGAAUUGGGCAAUCAAUUUCGCGGAGAUCGUUAUCACCUUAUGAACAAUAAUUGUAAUCACUUUUCGGGCAACUUGACACAGAUACUUUGCGGCCAAGAAAUACCUAGUUGGGUGAACCGUCUUGCACAUUUCAGCUCCUGUGUGCCAUUUUUACAAAGAUGCCUACCAAAAGAGUGGCUAACACCGAAUGCCUUGCAGCAAAGUAUAACUACAAUCCAAGAGCGCGAAGACUCGGACAAUAGUCCCCUUUGAGACAUUACCUGAUCUUAAAAUAUUCGUAACUUGCAAAGUCCCAAGCGAGCGCAACUCAUCCCUGCUGUCUUAAGACCAACAAUAUUGUUAAGUUAAAUUGAGGAAAGCCGGGUUAUCUAUCGACACUCAUUUCAUUAAAGCCAAGAUAAAAAUUUCCAAUAGAUUGCAAAAGUAAUAAUGUUAAUAGGUUUAUAUUAGGCUACAUUAAAAGCGAAUAAAUUAUUGGCUAUUGUAACUUGUAAUUUGACUAUUGAGAAUUAAGAUAUUAUUAAGUGGCCGAUAGGUAUAAGUGAGUAGAAGGCAGCAGCAGCAGCAAACAGUACACUUUCUGCGACAUCAUUUAUAGAAUUUUGAAUUUAAUAUUAAACAUCGAGAAAAACCAUUUCUAAGAAAAUGCUAAAAUGUAUUAACAAACAAGCAUAUUAUAUGUAGUUAUUGAUAUCAAAGUUGUCAUCAAUAGUUAAUUUAUAAACAUUUUUUUUUUAAAUUCAUUUUUACAAUGUCGAAAGCCGCAUGUCUAUCAAAACACCAAAACGAUCUGUUAUCAAUAAAUAUGUACUUGACAUUCUGAUAUUUA